AGUAGCGAAGCAGGAGUGAAUGCUCUUGUCGCCUAGCUAGCAAGCCUUCCCUUGCCCAGUUAACUAACGUUAGCUCCUCUCCGUCUUGUGUCCCUCUCUUCCUAUCUCUGUCACAGCUCGGCUCAGUAGUUUAGCAGGCUAGUACGGAGAGACGAGGGCUGCUCCCUUUCGCCUCUGCUCAGUCUGCCCCAGCACAGCAACACCAUACAUCCCGCACCAUGGCUGCCACGGACGUUGACGUUUUUUCGAAUGAAGAGAAGCGUAACCUGAGUUUGGGUGGACAUGUUGGAUUUGACAGCCUCCCUGACCAACUGGUCAGUAAAUCGGUCACACAGGGAUUUUGUUUUAACAUUCUCUGUGUAGGGGAGACUGGUAUCGGCAAGUCAACAUUAAUGAACACCCUCUUCAAUACCAUGUUCGAGAACGAAGAGGCAAGCCAUUAUCAGAAUGGGGUUUAUCUGCGGCCGCGAACAUACGACCUGCAAGAAAGCAACGUCCACCUCAAACUGACGAUUGUUGACACGGUCGGCUUUGGUGAUCAGAUCAACAAAGAGGAUAGCUACAAGCCCAUCGUUGACUACAUUGACACUCAAUUUGAAAACUAUCUCCAGGAAGAGCUGAAGAUCAAACGCUCGCUGUUUAACUACCACGACACCAGGAUUCACAUCUGCCUUUAUUUCAUCGCCCCGACAGGACACUCUCUCAAAUCCCUGGAUCUUGUAACGAUGAAGAAAUUGGACAGCAAGGUCAAUAUAAUACCGAUAAUUGCAAAAGCUGACACAAUCUCCAAGAGUGAGCUCCAUAAGUUCAAAAUAAAGAUUAUGAGUGAGCUGGUGAGCAACGGUGUCCAGAUAUAUCAGUUUCCAACGGACGACGAAGCGGUCAGCGAGAUCAACGCCUCCAUGAACGCCCAUCUGCCGUUUGCUGUGGUUGGGAGCGUGGAAGAGGUCAAAGUGGGAAACAAAACCGUGAGGGCCAGACAGUACCCCUGGGGUGUCGUGCAAGUUGAGAACGAGAGUCACUGCGACUUUGUAAAACUCCGAGAGAUGCUGAUCAGAGUCAACAUGGAGGAUCUGAGGGAGCAGACCCACGCCCGCCACUAUGAACUGUACCGACGCUGUAAGCUGGAGGAGAUGGGCUUUAAGGAUACGGAUCCUGACAGCCAGCCAUUCAGUCUUCAAGAGACAUAUGAGGCCAAGAGGAAAGAGUUCUUGGGGGACCUGCAGCGUAAAGAGGAAGAAAUGCGACAAAUGUUUGUCAACAAAGUAAAAGAGACGGAAGCAGAACUGAAAGAAAAGGAGAGAGAGCUGCACGACAAGUUCGAGCAGCUGAAGCGGAUGCACCAGGAGGAGAAGAGGAAGGUGGAGGAGAAGCGGAGAGACCUGGAGGAGGAGAUGAACGCCUUCAAUAGGAAGAAGGUGGCAGCCGAGACGCUCUCCUUAUCUCAGCCCCUCAAGAAAGACAAGGACAAGAAAAAAUCGGUGAAGACCGAGAACCAGUCGGGCGUGAGCACCUCCAGCUCCAAAGUGAUGAUGGCCAAGGCCAACGUGGAGCCCUUGAACUGCCAAAGCUGGUGGCAGGCCAUACAGUGCUGCACCUGCCUGGUCCACAGCGCCGCCUGGAAGCCCGGGGGCCUCUUCUGAUGCCCCGGCCCGGCGCCAAGCGAACCGGGGUCUGUUGUCAAGUCCCAGCCGACGCCGGAGCCGAGCCCAAUGGACGGAACGAGGUGAGGGUGGCCCGAGACGAGCAGAGCGUGGAACUGGACCAGAGAUGAGCAGAGAAGCGAAAAGGAACGAGACCAAAACCUUUAGCGUAAUGAUGUCAUUGUCGUCUUAUUAGUCAUCAUCCCUUAACCCCCUCCAUUACUUCAUUGUUCUUAACAUGAAAUAUACCAGUGCAUUUAACGUCCAAACAUGCAUAUCUGACCAAAAAAAAAAAAAAAAAAAAAGUCAACACAUUGUUCAUCCCUUCAACCACACAGGACACCAUCACUUCGCUGAUUCUCUACUCGUCUCAAGUGUUCAUUGCUGCAUUAAAAGCUACGUCCGAAGCUGGGGCUCUGUGCAGGAAGACACUUUGAGCAGCAGGUAGUGAAUCCCGCUAUCAGGUUUUACUAAUGGAGACCCUCCCGUUUUGCCUGAGGAAUCAUAGUAAUCUUGUUCGUAUUGUAUCGUACGUGCAGUGCUUUUCUGUGUUCCCAUUUGUAGGCAGGAACUGUAAACCACAACCUGAGUGGGGGCUCUGUGUUAAAAAAAAAAAAAAAAAAAAAAAAGAGGAC